GAAAGUGCACUGACACAGUUGAACAGCAUCAAAACACGUUCAAUUGUAAGCGAGUGAAGAAUUAAGACGAAGCUUCUCAAACGACCAAAGGUCAUCAUCCAUUGAGCAAUGAGUAACCAGACAGCAGUAGGGUGUCAAGUUCCUUCAGCAGAGUACCAGGUCUACUUGUUCCCAGCCGUCUACAUCUUCGCUCUGGUGUUUGGUCUCCCGGGAAACCUGGCUGCGAUCUACGUGUUCACCUUUAGGGUCAACCCCCGCACCGCCUUCAGCGUGUAUAUCAGCAAUCUGGCUCUGGCAGAUGUCGUCAUCCUGUGCACACUUCCCUUCCGGAUCCACUACCACCUCAACAGGAACAAUUGGGUGUUUGGCGACGUCGCCUGUCGGAUCACGGGGGUCCUCUUCUACGCCAACAUCUACAUGAGCAUUUGCUUCAUGACGUGCAUCUGCGUAGACCGCUACAUGGCCACGGUGCAUCCUCAUGCUUACCUGAAGCUGCGAAGACCCCGGUACUCUCUGCUCACCAGCACCGCUCUCUGGGCUGUCGCAGGAGUAGCUGUCGUAGUCUUCAUCCUCAUGGGGCCUCUGGAGACAAAUGGUAGCAAAUCAGGGAACCACAGCUGCUUUGAGAACUUCGCUGCCCAGGAGUGGAGCUCCCGUCUGUUGCCCUACAGCAUUCUGAGCCUCAUCUUCUGCUCGCUGCUGCCAUCCGCCAUCAUCUUGGUGUGCUACCCUCUGGCCGCCAGACGCAUUUCCAGGAUGCACACAAUGAUGGCCCAGCGAACCUUGAGGGUCAUCUACACCAUCAUGGCCAUCACGCUGAUUUGCUUCCUGCCCAACCACGUGGUAUACCUGCUGCACCUGCUUCGCCGCUUGGAGGUCAUCCAGAGAUGCCCCCUGGCCAACGCCAUCUACAACGCCAGGAGGGUCACCAUGGCCCUCGUCAUCCUCAACACAUGCCUGGACCCUCUGCUCUAUUACGUCACCACCAGCCACUGCACAUGUAAGUCCCUGAAAAGGACUUGGUUUAGAGUCCGUAGGCGUCAAAGUGUUUACACCAUCACAGUGCGCUAAAAUGGUACGAGCUUUGCAAUACUGGACAUUGGACCAGAGCUCUUAGUUGACCCUGAAACUUAAUGCUAGAAUUGUUGGCUUCCAACUUUGUGAUAACAGUAAAGCAAGGUCCAUAAAGGCAUGUUUAGAUGAGCCCUAUCAAGCAAUUUUGUCAUGAACUAGUUCAGGGGUCAUCAACCUUUGUGAAACUGAGAGCUACUGCUUGGGUACUGAUUAAUGCGAAGGGCUACCAGCUUGAUACGCAUUUCUGAAAUAUUUUUUCUCAACUUAACUUAAAUUAAAUGAUAGUAAUAAUUAAUUAUAUUCAUCUAUGUGAAGAUUGAUCAGUCUAAUGAUUUCUCACCAUAAUUAUCAACAAUGAUUUUAACAUUGUUUUAACACAACUGGCACAUUUUAUAAGGCAGGAAACCUUCAAUGUGCAACCCUUUAUUUCUAUGAAUCUCUGCAAGGGUUUACAUUUUCAAAUAAUUACUUCGAGAAUUUUCUUAGAAAAUCACAAUAUCCCAUUUACGAGGAGCUAUCUUUCGAACAGGCCCAUGGGCCACUUAUGUGGUCUUUGGGGAUUACCUGGUGCCCGUGGGCCCCAUGUUAAUGAACCCUGAAUGAGAAACAGCGGUCACUAACCUUUUUUGUGCCAUAGACUGAUUUUACCUUAAUACCAAUUUUGACAGAUCGCCAUAGAAACAAAUAAAAACCAAAUGAUUAAAUGUACAUUACAACUUGGAUUGUAAUACAUACAGUGCUGUGAAAAAGUAUUCUCAAAUUCUUAUUUUUCUGCAUAUAGUUUCUCCACUUUGUUAAAAAUCAUCAAACUAAUGCAAAAAUCAGAAAAAACGAUAUCCCAAGUGAACUUAAAAUGCUGUUUAUUUCAAUUGCGAUUUUAUUUAUUAAGGGAAAAAAAUAUUCAACGCUACCUUGGCCCUGUGUGAAAAAUGUAUUGCUCCCUAAACCUAUUAACUGGUUGGGCCACCCUCAGCAGAAACAACUGAAAUCAAACAUUUUCUUUAACUGAGUCUUUCACAUCUCUGGCCCACUCUUCCUUGCAGAAUUGUUUUAAUUCAGCAACACUAGAGGGGUUUCAAGCAUUAAUGGAAGGCCAUUAAGGUCAUGCCACAGCAUUUCACUCCACUCCAGACUUUGACUUUUAAUUAAUCAUUUAAAAAAAUGUAUUUCACGUACAAGAUUGAUUUCAUAUUCUCAUUAGUUCCUGCAAGUUGCAAUCAUGUGCACAGUUGCGUUAAAAGACUGCAUAGGAGGACGCAUGAAAUAGUUCUGACUCCCCUGAAGAUUUAGUGAAGAUAUUAAAAGCUACCAAAAGCUCCAAAGAACCACGUGAUCAUUUUGUUUUUUAAGCCACUCAGAGGUUGACUUGCUAUUCUGUUUUGGAUUGUCGUCCUGCUGCAGAACUCAAGUGUGCUUCAAUUUGAGGUCACAAACUGAAGGCUGACCAUUGUCCUUCUGGAUUUUCUGGUAGAGAACAAAAUUCAGCCCGCGA